CAUAUCAUGGACUAUUUACCACUUUUGCUCCUUUUUGGAUUUCUGCAGCGCAAUGAAGGAGGGAUGCCAGGGCUACCACCGGGUGGCCCACCGCCUCAGCCAAAAGGAGUACAGGGUCCAGGUGGCAUUGGCGGAGGACCCCUUUCCUCCAUACAGAAUGAUCUUGCAACGCUUAUUGGUGAAAGCGUGCAGGUUGGUGGUGAAACAUUGCCAGGCUCUGCGCGCAAGUGCACGCCGUUGAAAGACAUCCGCGGUGUUGUCCGCUACUCCAACGACACCAGCAUUAGUACAGUGGUGGCGUUCGAAUGCAAGGAAGGAUUCGAGAAGGUCUCGGGGGAUGAUACCAGGGAGUGUAGGUCGGACCUUACUUGGAGUGGGAAACCCUUGUUCUGCACAAAAGUCGAUUGCCCUUUCCUCAAUAUAGCUAACGCGAGGGCAAACACAACUACGACCACGUUCGGGACAGUUGUGCAGUUCACCUGUAUCAGUGGUUUCCUGAAUGCUGGCGGUGACGAGGUGAGGAGAUGCACCGCUGAUAGGGUGUGGACAGGAAAAGACAUACAAUGCCACAGCAAUACAUGUACCGUACCAAGUAUUCGUAACGCCAUUAGCAGCGUCACCAACGGUAGCGAAGUGGCUGUAGGCGGAUCUGUCACCUAUUCCUGUAAGACGGGAUUCACGGUCAAGGCCGGCGAUAAGACAAGAAAAUGUACAAAGAUGGAAACGUGGUCCGGCUCUGAGUUGCAGUGUAUAGUCUUAAUGUGCCCAGCCCUGUCGGUGCCGAAUGGAAUUCUUUCGACUACUGACACCACACUUAGGACCGUUGUGGACAUUGAAUGCAAGGACCAGUACAGAAGGGUCUCGGGAAGCCUUCAACGCACAUGCGUCGAUGGGCAAUGGUCCGGGACUCCGUUGGUUUGCAAACGUGGCAGGGGAUACCAAGACCCACCAGAGAACGCAGCGACCAAAAACUGCGGCGCCUUUUGCCAGGGGAGCGGAGAUGUCAUCCUGGUGCCUGCAGGCGACGCCGACGGGGAUGGGUUUGCCGACCUGGUGUGUUACAAGAAAUCCGGGCAGAUCCACGUCGCUUUGAAUGACAGGAAGGGCGGUUUCACUUGCGGAAGCAAUCCGGCGCAAGGGAUUGAAUCUGGGUGGUGCAAGGGUUCUAGACAAAAAGUGUUCGUGACCGAUUUUGAUGGCGACAAGGUAGCUGAUUUGAUAUGCCACAGUUAUAGAACUGGUUCCAAAGAUAUUCGUUUGAGGGACAAGGGCAGUGGGAAUUCUUACUCCAAUCCUACAAUCGAGCAAUCGUUCAGUGCCUGGUGCACCCAUCAUAGAGCUGAAUUCCAUGUGGCCGACUUUGACGGCGAUGGCAAGGGAGACCUUCUAUGCCACGACAAUCGCACUGGCUACAAAUGGUUGGCGAAAGGAGGAUAG